AAAUACGCAGUUGCUGUGGUUCGAUCAGAAGUCCGCUAGGAGGCGCGUGUAUAGAAAGUGCGUGCGUGCGUGCGUGAAAAAAUGACAAUCAAUAAUAUAUUGUGGUUCCGCCAUGGGCUUCGGUUGCACGAUAAUCCGAGCCUACUCGAGGCGCUUCGAAGCGAUUGCAUGAAUCAGUCGAGCGAAGCGGUGAAGCUCUUUCCGAUCUUCAUAUUCGAUGGAGAAAGUGCGGGCACCCGAAUUGUUGGGUACAACCGGAUGAAGUUUCUGCUGGAAUCGUUGGCCGACCUUGACCGACAGUUUCGCGAUCUUGGCGGGCAGCUGCUGGUGUUCCGUGGCGAUAGCGUUACUGUGCUGCGCCGUCUGUUCGAGGAGCUGAACAUCAAGAAGCUAUGCUUCGAGCAGGACUGCGAACCGAUCUGGAAGGAGCGUGACGAUGGGGUGGCACAACUGUGCCAGAAGAUGGACGUCCGGUGCGUGGAGAAUGUGUCGCACACGCUCUGGAACCCAACCGAGGUGAUACAGACGAACGGAGACAUACCACCGCUGACGUAUCAGAUGUUUUUGCAUACCGUUAACAUCAUUGGUGAGCCACCGCGCCCGGUCGGUGCACCCAACUUCGAGUACGUUGAAUUCGGCCGUAUCCCGGCAAUACUCGCUUCCGAGCUAAAGCUUUGUCACAAGAUACCCGUCCCGGAAGAGUUUGACAUUUUCUACGAGGGUAAUGCAAACAUUGCCUUCCAGAAGUGGGUUGGUGGUGAAACGCGUGCCCUGGAAGCGCUUGGCGCACGGCUAAAGCAGGAAGAGGAAGCAUUCCGCGAGGGUUACUACUUGCCGACGCAGGCUAAACCGGAGAUUCUUGGUCCCGCCACGUCCAUGAGUGCUGCCCUGCGCUUUGGCUGUCUUUCCGUGCGCAUGUUCUACUGGUGUGUGCAUGAUCUGUUCGAAAAGGUACAGGCGCACAGCCAGUUUAAGUACCCGGGCGGACAUCACAUUACCGGGCAGCUGAUAUGGCGCGAAUACUUCUACACGAUGUCGGUACAGAACCCGUACUAUGGUGAAAUGAAACGCAACCCGAUCUGUCUCAACAUUCCAUGGUACACACCGGAGGAUGAUUCGCUCGCCAGGUGGAAAGAAGGCCGGACGGGCUUCCCGAUGAUUGAUGCGGCCAUGCGGCAACUGUUGGCCGAAGGUUGGCUCCAUCAUAUAUUGCGCAACAUCACCGCGACCUUUCUCACACGCGGUGGACUUUGGUUAAGCUGGGAGGAGGGUUUGCAACAUUUCCUCAAGUACCUGCUAGAUGCCGACUGGUCCGUGUGUGCCGGCAACUGGAUGUGGGUAUCUUCGUCCGCAUUCGAGCGUCUGCUCGAUUCGUCCAAGUGCACCUGCCCGAUCGCUCUCGCUCGCCGGCUCGAUCCGAAGGGUGACUACGUCAAACGCUAUUUACCCGAGCUGACCAACUAUCCGGUGCAGUUUGUGCACGAACCAUGGAAAGCUUCCCGGGAGCAGCAGAUUGAGUAUGGAUGCGUGAUUGGCGAACACUAUCCAGCGCCUAUGGUUGAUUUGGCAAGCGUUUCCAAACGCAAUGCGCACACUAUGGCCUCACUGAGGGACAAGCUGGUCGAUGGUGGUUCAACACCGCCGCAUUGCCGCCCAUCGGACAUUGACGAGAUACGGCAGUUCUUCUGGCUGGCGGAUGAUGCCGUGACGGAAGCAUAA